GGCUGGUCCUUCGUGGAGACACACUAUCGCGAGCCUGACAUCCCUUUCUUCCUUGGACUUCUUCGUGCUGGAUUCGCGUGUUGUUCUUCUAGUCUCUCUCCCCCCUCAGUUCUACUCCUCCUCCCCCGAAUCCUUUGUACAGCAACUUUACAACUUUACAACUUCACAACCUUACAUCGAACAUCGCUACCCGGACAACAAGAAAGAAUACUUAGCCUAUUGAAGGGGGAAAAAAAGUCUCCGCCGUGCUUUUGACAAGUCACUGGACUGCUGAGCAGCAACUAUUACCCAUCUGCAUUUCCCUGACCGACAAUUCCCACCCCCUUCCGGAAUUGCUGUAUACCACAUUCCACAAAAUUCUCCUACUCCGCCAUCAUGUCAGGCACGAUGUACGACGAGCAUGUGUAUGCACCCUCGCGGCGCCAUUCAGUUGCUACCCCCCCUCCAUCCAUGACCCCCCGACAGAGUCGGACGCGCAGUCAGAGCGUCAGAGUCAGCAACGGAACCGUGAGCACAAAUACUAGUGUCUCAAGUGGGAGGAUGUCGGAGGCCACGAACAUCACGCACCCGCCCGCGUAUUCGAAAAAGUUCGUGGUGGUUGGUGACGGUGGGUGUGGGAAGACCUGCCUUCUGAUCAGCUACUCCCAAGGCUACUUUCCAGAGAAAUACGUCCCGACGGUAUUCGAAAACUACAUCACGCAAACCACCCACCGAGCCUCGGGAAAGACGGUCGAACUAGCCCUCUGGGAUACUGCUGGCCAGGAAGAAUACGAUCGACUGCGCCCACUUUCAUAUCCGGAAACCGACCUUUUGUUUGUCUGCUUUGCUAUCGACUGCCCGGCAUCAUUAGAGAAUGUCAUGGAUAAGUGGUAUCCCGAGGUCCUGCACUUCUGUCCUACCACCCCACUCAUCCUUGUCGGGUUGAAGUCAGAUCUGCGCAACAAGAGAACAUGUAUCGAACUGUUGAAAACCCAGGGGCUAACCCCUGUGACACCCGAACAAGGCGAGGCGGUGGCGCGCAGGAUGAACGCAUCAUACGUGGAAUGUAGCAGCAAAGAAAUGCGGGGUGUUGAUGGGGUUUUCGCCCUCGCAGUUGAUACCGUUGUCUCUGCCGAGGAGCAAGAUUGGAACGACCGUCAGACAAAUCCCAGCACUGGAAGCAAACCUCGAGUUGGGGGAGGUGGUGGCGGCGGCGGGAGGAAGGUCAAGAAGCGUACCUGCAAGCUCCUGUAGGCCGCCUUGACACCUUGGAUGUUUACUUUUGGUUCAGCCCCCUUCUUUUGACACUUCUGUUUCUCCUCCCCAUUCUGGUUUUGCCGAAUGAAAAGCCUGGUUGCUUUGACGGUUCCCCCGACUCUCCUUGUACGUGACAUGACCUGACCAGUGGAUAUGAACUUGGAGAGCACUGGCAUUUUGUUCCCCCCUGCCAUUUUUUCAUCCUGUGUUGCUUCACAUUUCUUCCUCUCCCCCAUUGCACAUGCUGGUGGUUUUCUGAUUGUUCUGCUCUUUUCAUGCUGUUAUACCUGCUUGGCCUUCAAUCGCCAUGACCUGUUUACCAUCUCAUUACCCCCUUGGCCUUGACAUGUCGAUUUCUGCCUUUGUCUCUUGAUGCUUGAUGUCUGUCACGAAUAUGGUCCGAGGACCAGUUUUUACACUGCAUGGGAUUGGUGUUUAUUGGCGCAAGCGAAAAUCCCGUGUACUUGAAUACUGAAAUUAUCACAAAAACUCAC